AUGCUCGGCGAGCGCAGGGUCGACCUCCUUACGACGGGACACCCUCGUCCAAGCCCAGGGUCGACCUCCUUACGACGGGACACCCUCGUCCAAGCCCAGGGUCGACCUCCUUACGACGGGACACCCUCGUCCAAGCCCAGGGUCGACCUCCUUACGACGGGACACCCUCGUCCAAGCCCAGGGUCGACCUCCUUACGACGGGACACCCUCGUCCAAGCCCAGGGUCGACCUCCUUACGACUGGACACCCUCGUCCCAGCCCAGGGUCGACCUUGCGACGUCGACUUCCCUACGACGGGACACCCUCGACCCAUGGCUUUGGCCAUCCUCAAUCGGGGCUUUUGAGAGGGACGGAUGCUCUGAGUGCGACGCGAGUCCUCGAGGUGGUCCUCGAGGGCUGUCCUUGUCUGGUGUACAAGGCGCGAUGUAUGAGGCGUCGAGCACGAUGUAUGAGGCGUCGAGCGCGAUGUAUGAGGCGUCGAGCACGAUGUAUGAGGCGUCGAGCACGAUGUAUGAGGCGUCGAGCACGAUGUAUGAGGCGUCGAGCACGAUGUAUGAGGCCCGCGGCGUGAUGUGGCGCGUUGCACGAGGCCGGGCCACGAUGUUCCGCGGCUCAAUGUAUGGAGUCUGUGGCGCGACGUUCAAGGCUUGCGCGGCGCGAUGUAUGAGGCCUAUGCCGCGAUGUGUGAGGCCCCAGGGCUCGAUGUCUAAGGCCUACGUCAAUGAUGUAUGGGUCCUGCCUGCGAUGUAUGACGCCUCUGACGCGAUGUGUAAGAGUCUGCCGCGAUGUAUAAGGGUCCGUGGCUCGGUGCUGGAAGCCCCAGAGGUGAUGUAUGAAGCCCGCAGCAUGGGAUAUGGCAUCCAUUGAUGCGAUGUGCAAGGCCCACGUCACGAUGUCAGAGGGCUGCAACACUUUGUAUAUAGCCUGAAGCUUGAUGUACGAAACCUCCAUUGUAUACUAGUCCAUUAGCUAUCAUUACAAUGCAAUGUGAUACAAAGUC